AUGAACAAUCCCGCUGAUGCGCUUCGGCGUAUCGAUGCUGGUUGCCUUGCCGACAUCUUUGCCGACCGUCCUGGAAGAGUCAGCAAUCCCGUGGUGCAAGCAGUCCAGAUCAAGCCCAUCGCUGCUCAAGGUGGUGCUCAAGAACGUCACAGAGUCAUCUUCAACGAUACCAAAAACUAUGUGCAGACAAUGCUUGCUGUGCAGGAGAAUAACCUCAUCGAGGAGAAGAUUCUGCGCAAAGGAGUCCUAGUUCAACUGCUGGGCUAUUCUGCCAACAAGGUCAAGGCGAAGCGUAUCCUCAUUGUCACCAGAAUCAAGGUCCUGGAGGAGUAUGGCGAGCACGAGAAACUGGGCAACCCAGUACCAUUGGAGUUGAAAGAAGAAGAGGAAGAGAAGCCAUUCAACACAGCCAUCACGAGCAACGGCUUCUAUGGCAAGCAAGAGUCGCCAAAGCAGAGUCGACCUAUGCCAACUCACGCUAAGCCGUCGUCAUCAGCGCAUGCGAACAUCUACCCGAUUGAAGCGAUCUCGCCAUACUCAAACAAGUGGACUAUCAAGGCACGAUGCACGAACAAGUCUGAUAUCAAGACAUGGCACAACCGGAACGGCGAGGGCAAGCUCUUCAGUGUCAAUCUGCUCGAUGAGAGCGGCGAAAUUCGAGCCACCGGCUUCAACGAGCAGUGCGACCAGCUCUACGACGUGUUUCAAGAAGGUGGCGUGUACUACAUCUCAAGUCCUUGUCGGGUGACAUUCGCCAAAAAGCAGUUCUCAAAUCUCCCAAACGACUAUGAACUACACUUCGAGAAGGAAACCCUAGUUGAGAAGGCCGAAGAACAAGAUGGCGUGCCCCAGGUCCGAUACAACUUCACCUCGAUUUCAGACCUGCAGUUUGUGGAGAAGGACACCACUAUCGACAUUAUUGGCGUUCUCAAGGACGUUGGCGAGACAUCCCAGAUCACGUCCAAGACCACCAGCAAGCCCUACGACAAGAGAGAACUGACGUUGGUCGAUAACACCGGCUACUCUGUGCGACUGACCAUCUGGGGGAAGACUGCCGCCUCAUUCGACGUCCCACCUGAAUCCAUUGUGGCUUUCAAGGGUGUCAAAGUGUCAGACUUCGGCGGACGCAGUCUCAGUCUGCUGAGCUCCGGCUCCGUGAGCGCAAACCCAGACAUGCCCGAGGCACACAAAUUGAAAGGUUGGUUUGAAGACCAAGGCCGAAGUGGCAACUUUGCGACACACGCAAAUGUUCAAGGCACCGUCGGCCCUGGGGCUGGUUCUCGUAGCGAUCCGUUCAAGACCAUCUCGCAAGUCAAGGACGAACAACUGGGCAUGUCUGAAAAUGCAGACUUCUUCUCCGUCAAGGCGUCGAUACAAUACAUCAAGCAAGACAACUUCUGCUACCCAGCAUGUCGGUCAGAAGGAUGUAACAAGAAAGUCUUCGAAAGCGACCCUGGUCAGUGGCGAUGCGAGCGAUGCGACAAAACUCAUGACAAGCCAGAAUACCGGUAUAUCAUGUCCGUCAAUAUCAGCGAUCACACCGGCCAAUUGUGGGUCAGCUGCUUCGAUGAGACGGGCAGGAUGAUCAUCGGCAAGACUGCCGAUGAGCUGAUGGAGAUCAAAGAAGUUGACGAGAAGAAACUAGCCGAGCUAUUCUCGGAGGCGAAUUGCAAGACGUGGAACUGGAAGUGCAAGGCUAAACUCGACAGUUUCCAAGAACAACAACGAGUUCGUUAUCAAGUGACAUCAGCAGCACCUUUGAACUUCGUGGUCGAGUCACAAAAAUUGAUCGAGCUGAUCAAACAAUACAACAUCGACGACUAG